AAUAAUUGGUUAACGAGGGUCGGCUAUCGGUUAAGAAAAUGUUUCAAAAUUAGCAUCCCUAAUUUACACCCUAGAGAGCCACACUGUUGCAGAAUCAACAGCUGCAGUUGUCAGGAGAUAGUGAUGUUGACAACCAUGAUUAGGGGUUAUUAAUUCAUCAGGCGCUCUUUCGUCUUUGAGAAGCUAAAAGAUGUAGAAAACACACACUUUCACCCAUCUCUAAGAGGUACAUCUGAGCUUCUUCCAUUCUAUUUGGUGCUUUGGUUUAGCACCUACGCAUCCCACACACACACACACACACACACACACACGCACUCCGAGGGUUGUACAGUGAGGAGGCGCUGCCCUGCCAAACAAAAGGACGCGGGGAUAAGUGCAGAACAAGAUGAAAAGCUUCACUGUUGGCAUGGCAACCACCAGAUGAUCUGCAUGGCGAUGUUUUGAUGUUUGAUGUUUGACGGUGGAUUCUGGGUUACAGAGAGAGAGAGAGAGAAAGAGAGAGUUGAAGAAAACCGGUUUGAUCCAGUGCCGCUGCGCUGUGAGCCCUGUGCCGGGUGGUGAUGAGCAGUCAGGGCAGCAGCAGCAGGGGAAGUGGCCAGCAUGCUGACACUCCUCCCCCUCGUCACGCCCCCGGACCCAAGCUGCAGGUGCAGCGCUCCCUCUCCCGUGACACCAUCACCAUCCACUUCUCUGCUCUGGGGAAAGAGGAAGACGACGAGGAUGAGGAGCUCUACGGUGUCGGAUCCGCCGGGGCUAAGUUGGACAUCGAUGGUGCAGGGGGACUUCAAGGUCUAGAAGCUUCGAGGGUGGACGAGCAGUCUGUCGCCACAGCCUUGGAGGCGAAAGAGGAGCUGCUGUUUGAAUCCGCCGGUGUGGAGACGUCCUCUGGAGCUGCUGUGCUCCCUGUUUCAUCCACCACCCUGUCUGUGCAGCCCUCAGACCCCAUGACUAUUAUCCCCACCUCCACGCAACCCCACCUGAGCUCCACCCCUCCUGCCAGCUCCUCCUGGCCCUCUGACCGACCCUCAGCCAAUCCCCCGUCCACGAGCUCCAGCUCCUCCUCCCCUUGUAAGUCAGCGGCGCCGUCCUCCUCCAAGCCGUUCCUCAGCCUGGUCAGGUCCUUGUCCAAUGAAGUUGAGUCUCGAGACACCUCUCCGGCGCCCACCACUGUUGCGCCGUCGCACGCACGGCACCGCCACUUAAUGAAAUCUUUUGUCAACUCUUUCUCCACGGACACCUCGAAGGCCGAACAUCAGGAGGGGCCUCUUCAUCACUAUCUCCAUCACCCCCCUCAUCAGCAGCAGCAGCAAGUGCAGCCGUCCCAGCGGCCUCCGCCUCGCAACAUGCAGCUCUUCAAACAGUUCUCCCAGCCUCGCUUGUGCUCCAGCCCCGUCAUUGUCACGAAAGCAGGUGGAGACUCCAAAACAGCCCCCUCGUCCCCCAUCAUGUCCCCGGAUGGCAGGUCUUUCUUCAAGGUCCAAGAGGUGGAGGCCAGGAUAGAGGACACCAAGCGCCGGCUGUCGGAGGUGAUGUCGGACCCCCUGCAGCUUUUUAGUAAGAUCAUGGGGGAUGAGUCUGGCGUGGGAGCCGUUGGAAGUGCCGCUCAUCGUGCCAAAUCGCUGUCCUCCAGUGCGUCAGAGCUCAGCGGAGCGGCGGCGGUAAACGGACACACAGAAGGUAACAACAAUUAUAGCAUCAAGGAGGAGGACGGGGCGGAAGAGGAAGAAACCCCCACGGGCAAGGGCCCGGAUUCUGUUUUCUUCUCCUUCCCAUCACUUGCACCAGCCCCGGCUCUCACCCAGGCCUCCUCAUCCACUUUCCCCAAGUCUCCCUCUCUCACUCUGGGCCGCUGCUCCAUGUCGGCCCUGGUAGCCCGACAGGAAGACGAGGACUUCUGUGAACUGUACAGUGAAGACUUUGAGUUGUGCACCGAUACAGAAACACCAGACGGGGAUCGACCCGGGUCCCGGCAGCCCCAUACUGGUAGUACUGGGUUGUGUAGUGAACUCGACACGGAGGAGGAGGAGAGAGAGGAGGAAGAGGAGGAGGAGGAGGAGGAGGAGGAGGAGUUGGAGAGCGUGCCUGUGACUGGCCUCAUCUUCCUUGCACAGUUGGUGUACUGGUAUAUAGUCCUUCCAGUGCCACCAUAUGUAUGUGCGGUGGUGCAUGGGAUAGUGGCUGGGUUCAUGCUGGCCUUGCUGGUCCUCUGGCUGUCCUCUCCUCGACGCUCCUCAUCAGGGACGAGGAGAGGGAGGCGAAGGAUAGAGCACUGGAAUGUGGCCCAGCUGGAUAUCAAAGAACCGGGAACCUUCAAGGGCUGGAUGAAUGAGAUCUACAGCUACGACCCGGAGAUGUACCACGCCACCCUGACCCACUCUGUUUACGUCCGCCUAGAGGGCUCCGUCCUGCGUCUGUCCAAGCCCAACCGCAACAUCUCCCGCCGCGCCACGCACAACGAGCCCAAACCCGACGUCACCUACAUCAGCCAGAAGAUCUACGACCUCACGGACAGCAAGAUCUACCUGGUGCCCCAAAGCUUGGCCAGGAAGAGAGUUUGGAACAAGAAGUACCCCAUUUGCAUUGAGCUGGCCAAGCAGGAGGACUUCAUGUCCAAGGCCCAGGGAGAGAAGCCCGAAGCCGGGGAGGAGAAAGUAACGGGGCCGAGUGAGAAGCUGGAGAGAACGGACAAAUGCGAGAAAGUCGAGGUAUCGGGAUCAGCGGAGGAACCCAAGAGACCGACCUCUGGAGGGGGGGAUCUGACAGUCUACCUGUUCGGGAGGACGGGUCGGGAAAAGGAAGAGUGGUUCCGGAGAUUUCUCCUGGCAUCCCGGUUGAAGUCAGAGGGGAGAGGUGGCAUUCUGCCUGGCAUCUGCAAGAGUGCCUUCUUGCCCUCCCACAGCCGCAGCAGCAGCACCCAGUCUGGCGGAGGCCCGGAGGCCGACAGCAGGAGCAGCAGCCGGGGGAGCCUGGAGGAGCUGCCUCAGUCUCGGCACAGAGAGGCAUCCUCUGCUCCCUCCUGUGGCUCCGCUGGAGGGAUGAGGCAGAAGAUGCUGUUGGAUUAUAAUGUCUACAUGGCCAAAUACGUCAACCCCCAGGCGCCGCAGAGAAGCCCGACUGCCACCGACAGCCCCGGACCCAGCCCCGAGAGCAGCCCCAAAACUACGAAAAAGAUCCGCAGGAGUUCAGAGGAGACCGUGGAGCCCGAGGCCUGGGUCAACGCCUUUGUGGGAAGGAUGUUCUGGGACUUCCUGGGAGAGAAAUACUGGGCCAAUGUUGUCUCCAAAAAGAUCCAGAUGAAGCUCAGUAAGAUCAGGCUGCCGUAUGUUAUGAACGAGCUGACUCUGACCGAGCUAGACAUGGGCUUUUCCAUUCCUAAGAUCCUCCAUGCCUCCAAACCCUCUGUGGACCACCAAGGUCUGUGGUUUGAUCUGGAGGUCUCCUACACGGGCUCCUUCCUCAUGACGCUAGAGACCAAGAUGAACCUGGCCCGUCUGGGGAAGGAGGGCGAGGGGCUCGGCGAGCACGGAAAGGAGUGGCCGCGGACAUACUGUCUGGCAGACAGCGAUGAGGAGUCGUCCAGCGCCGGCUCGUCGGACGAGGAGGAUCCCCCUGAACUCCUCAGUGACAAAGCCAUUCUUCCUGGAGCCGAGGGCUACGUGGGAGGCCACAGGCCCAGCAAGAUCAUGCGCUUUGUGGACAAGAUAGCCAAGUCGAAGUACUUCCAGAAGGCCACAGAGACGGAGUUCAUUAAGAAGAAGAUGGAGGAGGUGUCCAACACGCCCCUGCUGCUCACCGUGGAGGUGCAGGAGUUCCGCGGGACGCUGGCUGUCAACAUCCCGCCUCCCCCCACGGACAGGAUAUGGUACGGUUUCCGGAGUCCGCCUCACCUCGAGCUGAAAGCGCGGCCUAAACUGGGUGAGAGGGAGGUCACUUUAGUCCACAUUACGGACUGGAUUGAGAAGAAACUGGACCAGGAAUUCCAGAAAAUAUUCGUGAUGCCAAACAUGGAUGACGUGUGGCUACCCAUAAUGCACUCUGCCAUGGACACACGUUCAAAUGCCAACUUGGUUACUGUGACAAACGAUGCCUUGAAGGACCCAGAACCCGAGGAGUCUGAGGUCUCCGACAUGUGAAGACUGCUGUUGAAAAGAGCAUAACGACGGACAUUUUUAUCACCGUGGCAAUAUGACAAGUCCUCGCCCCCCCCCCCCCCCCCCCCCCCAACCCUCCCCCCUCGGGGUGCAGCAACGGGCCGGGCCAACUCUCUCCAUAUUUUGACCCAUUGUUGCACCACCCGUGAAAGUGCACUCACAAAAACUGGAAGUGCUGGCAAGAGCGAGUACUCACCUGAAAGCGGAGGAGAAUUGUGACUUGUAGAUUGUCAUCCAAUCACACCGUUCUAUUCGUGUGUGACGUCAAACUGUUCAUUCUCUGAUGAGACACACGGGGCAUGUCGAGGACUGUUCCAACAAACGUGUGCGGCGGUGGAUCGACAGAAACAGCCAUCGGAUUCAACCAGAAGAACCAUAAUACCUGUGAUGUACAGCUGCACCAAACAUGAUCGUUGUACAGUGUACAUUUUCUACAUCGAGUGGUUGCUAUGACUACGAGAUCAAGGAGGAUGAAGUAUGUCUGAGUGAGCAAGCGUUAAGAAGGAGUAAAUCUAUACAUUUUGCUGAAAGCCCCCCCGCACCACCCAGCGUCUAUUGACACACAUUUCACAGGGAUAUCAACUCAUUACUGAUCACCCAUCAACACUGCUGCCUGUGCCAGUCGCCCGCCACCUUUAUGCAAACAGAUCAACGGCACUGUGUCCAUCCAAGGUUUCAAGUUAAAAUCCAUCGUAACACACACGAGCCUGUGUGCUUUUAACCGUGUGGUAGGGAUUAGAGCUAAAUUGGACUCUAGAGGGGUAAAACAUAUCCCUGCAAACACAGCAGCUGAACAUUGCCUAUAGGUCUGAUGAAUGUAUAAACACAGGACGACGUGCUUCUGCGCAACAUGCUUCUCUUUUCACGUUAUAUUGAGUUUAAGCAGCAGUAAUAAUGUUUUUUUUAUUGCCAAAGCAAUCUUUCAGUCCUGUCUGAAGGCUUCUGUGUGAGGUAAAUAAUCAUCUUGUGUUCCUGUCGAGGCCUCUCCAGUGAUGUACAGCAGGAGACUGGAACCCACUCUUCCUGGUUUUAUUUAAAUAAAUAACAUACUGGAUAUUAGCCAUAUUAUUUAAUGUUGUCAGAAGACAUCCAGCUAAUGAAUGCUCUUAUUUUGUUAUUGAUUUUCUUUCUGUGCUGUACACAUCCAAGAGGAACAACACCAUUAAAACUAGAACAGCGACUUUGUGAUCUGCCAAGACGCCCAGCUGCUUUACGGGCGACGUGUCAUUUAAAAUGUUUUACGUUCGACUGUGUGUGUGUGUGUGUGUGUGUGUGUGUGCGUGUGUGUUGGCAAAAGUGUACGAGGCAGAAAGUGCCUUUUAAAAAUAAACAUUCCUCCAUAGUGAGCCGCCACGUUUUGUUGCAUCAGUUAAGGAUAAAAGAGAAAGAGAGAGAGAGAGGAAGUGUCUUUGUGCCAUUACUGUGUCUGAGGAGACAUGCCCUUUGUUCUCACACGUUUUCGGUGUUGUUCAUUUGCACAGUGAUGAAAAAUAUCAAACAUUGCUGUUGUGUUCAGUGAUGUCACAGAAUGUUAAUGGUUCUGAUCGUUGUGGAUCAAUAAAACCUUUUUGCUUGGA